AAAUAAUUAUUAAGCUCUAACUUAAAAUGAUUUUUUAUUCAUAACAAACUUAAUAAUGCAAACACAUUGGCAUUUGGCAAUAACAAAAGUUUCUUUAGAAACACAAUUUACAAAGAGUCACAAUCUAGUCUCUGGAAACUUGCUAUAACAUAAAAUAAUAAUAGGUGAAAAUAUAUGAUGCAAACUACUAAUAAUUAUAAACAGCAGAAUGUAGGCACCCUAUAUACAGAAAUGUGCAAACCAGUGAUAUUUUAGGGAGCAGGAUAGCAGGCAGGGCCCAUUACUUGCAUCACAGAAGCCUACACAACACAGUAUUGCUGUAUGUAGGUUUUAUCUUAUUUGUUUUUUAUCUUAUAUUUUGGAAAUGUGCAUCCAGGUUUUUUUUUCUUUACUUUUUUCGGGGGGGCCCCAAGAGAGUGGGGCCCUAAGCUAGAACUUGUUUAGCUUAUACGUAAAUCCGGCACUGAUAGCAACGUUUACCUGUACUGAUGGCAAGCGAAAGAAAUAUCUAUUUGUCUGUCGCUGUAUCUGUGACCCUCGGAGACUACUUCUCCCAGCGUGCAUCGCGGGACAAGGCCCGGCCUCUGCUCGCUGUGCGGCCGAGCGGCCUUCUGGGAGUCGUAGUCCCCGUACCGAAGCCGCCUCGCGACCUGGGCCCGGCGCCGGACUCCAACUUCCAGGAUGCGCCUCGCAGCGCUCGGGAGGAGGCGGCGGCGGCGGCGGGGUGGCGCCAGGGCCGCCGCUUCCUCUCUCCCGGCCAUUGUGAACCGGGCUGGCGGGCGGCGGGCGUUGCGGUGGCGGCGGCGGCGGGGCAGGAGGAGGGAAUGAGCGAGGAGGAGGCGGAGGAGCCUUGCGGGAGCGCGAGGAGCUGCGGCGGCUUCCCCAGGUGAACGAAUCCGCCCGCGCCCCGUUGCUAAGAGACGGGCGGGGAGGGAGGGAGGCAGGAGGAGGGGAAGCCCCGCCCCCUAGAGCGCCGUUGCUAGGAUACCCCUCCUGGAAGAAGCAGCGCUCGGGCCUACGCUGCCAUGAUAACGGGAAGGCCCAAGCGGGGCAUCACCUAUGGGCUGGGCAAUUAUGGGAGGAGGGACUCGGACAGAGGAUGGGUCCCGACUAAGAGGGAUGGGGUUGGGGGCGACAGCGACCCAUCCUGCCUCUCCCUAGGAGUGCGCAGUCUAGAGGACAACUCUGUCUUCAGAACAAUCCUGCACCUGUCUAUCCAGAUGCCUGUCGUGGCUGAGUCCCAAGAGGACAGGUAUAGGAGUGCAGCCUUGUUGUCUGCCUUUCCCAUGACCCAGAUAGAGCGGCUCCACUGGUAGAGAGCAAGACCCGUAAUCCCAGGGUUGGAGCCCCACGUUGGGCAAAAGAUUCCCGCAGUGCGAGGACGUUGGAGUACAGUGGUACCUCAGGUUACAUACACUUCAGGUUACAGACUCCGCUAACCCAAAAAUAGUGCUUCAGGUUAAGAACUUUGCUUCAGGAUGAGAACAGAAGUCGUGCUCUAGCGACGCAGCGGCAGCAGGAGGCCCCAUUAGCUAAAGUGGUGCUUCAGGUUAAGAACAGUUUCAGGUUAAGAACGGACCUCCGGAACGAAUUAAGUACUUAACCUGAGGUACCACUGUAUAGGGGACCCUCACGGUCCCUUCCCACUCCACAAUUCUGUGGAAACGAUUUCCUGAGACCGCACCAGCUUUCUGCAUAGGGACCUUGGUGCCGCUUUGGGGCUUACAUAGUAGUGUACAAGUAGGCGUACAUAGAAGUGCCUCAGCAGAGAGAAGCGUUAAUGACUUCGUUAAGACUUACCGUAUUGUAAGGGGGCACAGUGGAGCAGGAACCGGCAAGCCACUCCAGUAUCCCUGCCAAGAAAACUCCAUGGACAAAGACAACAGACAGGAGUGCCUGGCGUGCUCUGGUCCAUGGGGUCAUGAGGAGUCGGACACGACUAAACGACUAAACAACAACAAAAGGGGGCUCAGAGCUGCAAGCCAGCAGCAGUUUAUUUUAAUGGAAGCUUGUAUUAUUUAUUAAAUUUCUAUACUGCCCUAUAGCCGCAGGUCUCAGGGUGGUUCACAGCAUAAAAUGACUAGAUAGAAACACAAGAUACAUAACAAAAAUAAAAACAGGGACAAUCCAAUAAUCCCCCCAUUUACCAUUUAAAUUGGCAUUGGAUGUCAAUCAGCCAAAGGCCUGGUUACAGAGGAAUAUUUUUGCCUGGUGCCUAAAGGUGUGUAAAGUGGCAGGCGAGCCUCCCUGGGGAGAGCAUUCCACAAAUGGGGAGCUACUGAAGAAAAGGCCUGUUCUUGUGUUGCCACCCUCCAGACCUCUUGUGGAGGAGGCGCAUGAAGAAGGGUCUCAGAAUGAUCUCAGGGUCCAGGUAGGUUCAUAUGGAAAGAGGUGGUCUUUGAGGUAUUGCUGAAAAACACUCCCCAAGCAACACCCUUGGAACAACCAUCCAAGUAGGACUGGAACCAUUUGCAAAGUGGUGUCACGCACCCCUAACUUGGGACAGCUGCUUCAGAAGGAUAGCAAUGGUCAAUGGUAUCAAAAGCCACUUGAGAGGUCAAGGAGAAUUAACAGGGACACAUUUUCCCUGUCUCUCCUGACAGGGCGACCAAAGCUGUUUCUGUGCCAAAACUGAGUCUAGGAAACUGAGGAAAUAUCAGUUUCCUUCAAGAGCCCCUGGAUCUGGUUCAUCUUGCUCAGGAAAGGGAGAUUAGGGAGAUUGUAUGAUCGAACAUUUGUUCUUCAAGUGUUCUGGAAUCAGGGCUUAUAAGGAUUUCGGUUUUCUCAGUGGCUGUUUAGCCAUCAAAGCAAAACUGAGCUUGCUUUUACCAGGAAACUUACUAACACAAAACAAUGGCUGCUGCCUUUAUGCUGGAGAGGAGAAGCUGUGGUCCUGCAGAUGUCGUUGGAUGCCAUCUCUUAUCAGACCCACCGGCAAGACCAAUUAGGGAUGAUGCGAGUUGUAGCCCCAGCAACAGGUACCCUGUCCCUACCCAAUUCUAUUUUUGUGAGCAUCAGGCUGGCCGUUCUUGCUUUUUGUCUGAUCCAGCAAGGUAACUUUUCCAUACUUCCUAAAUUAGAAACCCCAUGUCACUCAUAAGAAUGCAUUGAAAGACAGUACUUAUCCCGGUUAAAAGACAACAAGAGCUAAGUAAUCUGCAUUAAGAAAUCUUUGGGGUGUAAUCUUCAUUUCUUUCCUGCUUUCUUAUCCCUCCCGUCCUCACUAGGACCUCUGGUCCAUGAAGCUGGGAGGGAUGGGCUGACCUCAUUGUACAUUUGCUGUUGAAGGGACUUUGGCAGUAGUGAAAUCUCUGUGGGAGUUUUAGAGGCUCCCACCAAUGAUAGAAGGUGUGGGGGGAAGAGACAAGCACAUCCUUUGUUGCAGACGAUGGACUCAUGAAAGACAGAGAAAUACUACUAGGUAAAAGGAGCUCCGGUGGAAGAGUAAGGUGGCUUCCAAGAUCCAACCUUGUCUCCUUUUGACCCUCAGUAUAGAGCAAAUGCUGGCGUCCAACCCUGGCAAGACCCCUAUCAGCCUGCUGCAGGAGUAUGGGACACGCAUAGGCAAAACCCCUGUGUAUGAUCUACUGAAAGCCGAGGGACAAGCACAUCAGCCCAACUUCACCUUUCGCGUCACUGUUGGAGACAUCAGCUGCACCGGUUAGUUGUGGUAAAGAACGGGAGUGUGGAUAAACCAGUAGAAUUUGGGCAGGGGAGGAAGAGGAGAGGAAAAGAACUCUCAUAUUUGGGGGUCGGAUAGAGAAGAUUGCAUGUCUUCUACAGUCCUUCAUAUUUGUCUCAGCAGCAGAAAGGGGAUGGAGUUUCUCCAGUUGUACUUUUGAACUGGGCCUUCUGCCUGCUUCCAGUUAACUUUGGGUUUGCACCUACUUUGAGGGGCUCCCUAUAAUACAAGCUCCUCUUUAGCACCUCAUUGCGGGGAUUUAAACCGCCGACCUUCUGAUCGGCAAGUCCUAGGCUCUGUGGUUUAACCCACAGCACCACCUGCGUCCCUAAUACAUGGGUAGACGAGUCUAAAAAGCCUGGGACACAAAUUUUCACAGCCCUCUAGUGGCUAUGGUGGCUCAUUUACCAGAAGUAUCGUACUGAGCGUUAUCUUUGGAAGUGUAUACUCAAUUCUGACUCAACUAAGCCUCCUAGAGCAAAAUAUGCACCAGGCCUUAUAGACCCGUCUACCCAUGUACUAUCUGAAACCAAAGGGGCACAUUGGUUUCCAGAUGUGGAAUAUAUUGGCAUUAUCUUCAGCUCUCCUUCCCCACUAUGUUUUGCUUUUCCAACUACAGUUGAGCUCAAAGCAGCCCACCAUAAUAACAAUAGCUGUAAAAAUUAACAAGCGCUAACCAUAAUCAUAAUCGUAUCGAGAGCACAGUAGCAUGUAAACAAAGCAAAAACAAAAUCAAUUCAUCAAUCAAUCAACACAAUUCAGUGUAAACACAGAGUGAUUCAAAAUAUCUGCCCUGUGCCAGUUGACUUGCUCUCUCUGCAAAGGGGCUUCUUAACCCACCAGCGCGGCGGCAGCAGCACAUUCCAAGGUAGUUUUUCUGGGUUGUAGUCUGGCCACAACUGGAGGUUACCAGGUUGGAGAAGGGUGUCCUGACUCACUACACCUAACUCACUUCUAGAUUUGGGGAGUAGAAUGCAGGAGAUGCUAGUUUCUAGACUUCUUUUUGUAACCUGUUUGGUACCCUCUUCCUCUCAGAACUUGGGACCCUGAGCUGCUUGUUUGUUCUGUCACACUCACCAGAUGUCCUCACAGGGUGGGUUUCUCACUGCUGGGCUCUUGGCAGCUUUUCUUGGAGAGUUCAUUGGCCUACUGUCAGCUGACCAUCAAGAGAACAGGAUGCUGGACUAGUUGCUCCAUUAACUUGACCCAGCAGACUCUUCUUAGAAAGUCAUGCAGAGCUGUAACAAGAUAUAAUCAAGAGGCAGAUUAGGGCAAGGGUGGAGCCGCAGGCUUUGAAGGGAGCCUCCACCUAGACUUGGCUGACACUGCUUCUCAGGUGACAGUUGAGUUGCCAAGGCCUGAUUGUGAUGUCAUACAUAGCUGCAAUGACAGAUUCUGUAUGUGGUUUGAACAGCCUUGCUAAAGCCCAGCAUUUUCCCCUGAUGAUACUGCUACUCUUUGCCUACAUACAUGGCACCUGCCCCAACAAGCAAUAAUACCACAAUUUCUACCCCUUUAUUCCAUGAUUUUUCACAACUACUUUCACUACUAUUUCACUUGUCUUUUUUAUUUCGCCGUGAUUUUAAUAUGAAUUAGCCUCACACUGUUAUAUUACUAUUAUCAGCCUGAGUGGCUUAGAUCCUGCAAAAGGCACUCACAGCCCCUUCUUCUCUCUAGCCUGUCAUUAACAUUUAACUUCAGCAGGGGUGGGAGUGAAUUUGUAGGAAUUAAAUUUUACUCUCAGUGACUGGACGGUCAUAGUUCAUUUUACUUUUUUAGACGCUACUUCUAACUGUGCGUGUUUGCUUAACUUGGAAGCACGUUCCCUCAUAUCUUAACUGUCUGUGGAGGCAUGGAAGUGCAUGGGGAUUUAGGAGAAAGAGUGAGCUUUCAAGCACCACCCUCUUCCCACUCUGCUUGUUGUUGCAGUUCACAGUGGCAUAUAGUACGGAAUGCUGUUGCAAAUGAGAUGCAGCGCUGUGCUCUGUCCAUGUGCUGCAUUUCUGAAAAAUACCAGCACAGUGACACUUUGCAAACAAAAGGAGCUUCAGUGCGGAUUGCACCUGGAUCUGGGCGGCCUGGAAGUCCCAUAUAUGCUACCUUCCAUUAUGGAAGGAAGGCCGGGAUAUAAAUAAGUUUCUCUGUUUGCCCUUCCGAGUUGCCCUUGCAUCCUUGUGUCCCGACUCGCUUUCUCUCCCUUCUCCUGUCCUUAGGCCAAGGCCCUAGCAAAAAAGCAGCCAAGCACAAGGCAGCAGAGGUGGCACUCCGGCUUCUCAAGGGAGGAAACAUGUUGGAGCCAGCAGCAGUGGAAGAAGCCAGGUGAGGGCUAUGCACAGUCUGUACAAAAGGCUGGAAUCCCCCCUUCUCCCAUGCACUUAUUAGAAAAUGAAAUCCCCAGGGAAUCUUCGGUCUACAACAUCCUCUCUAGUUGCUUACUGUCUAUGAAAGGUAAUUUGCGGGCAGUUAGGACAAAGAGGUUGUUGAUAAGUAAGCCAGUAAGUGCUGGCUUAGUGUCACGUGCAAACCAGGCCAAUAAGGGACAGAAACUUUAAAAGAGGAAGAAGUUGAAAUCUGUGGUUUGCAUUCCGUGAUGCAAAUCGAGCAGCACAGUCACAGGUGCACAGAUUGCGCACAGUCAUGGGAACAGGAGAGUUCAGCAUUGAGCAUUGUUGCACAGGCCUCUGUGGUUGAGGGAAGUUUGGGUGGAGGGAGCCUUGCUAGAGAACAGGAAGGGCCUGCACCCGAGUUCUGGGGGAUGACACGGGAGCAGUCUCUCAUUUUGGGAAGUUUCUUCCACUGCAUGCGCUCCUGCUACUGAGCGUGCUUUAAUUUUGUCACCUUGUAUUCCGAAGCUCUCCUUUUUCUCUAGAGCCCUUGGCUCAGACCACCGCUCCAGUCAACGCGCCUGUACCCACCUUGCCGGUUUCGUCUCCCAGGUAAUGGGAUGGAAGCGAAAGACAAAAGCACAAGGACUGGGCUGCCCAGAGUCCUCUGGCUACUUCUCAUGCACCCAAAUUUCCCCAUAGGCCACCAGUGCAUACUGGAACAAGCUGGUGCCUGCGGCAGGUCCUUCCCUUGUGUCUGACCUUGCUCCCCCCCCCAGUGGUUUUCCCAUGGGCUGCAGAGCAUCAGCUUGGGUGUGGGGUGGGUACACAUUCCAGCAGGUAUUCUACACUCAAAAUAAUAAUAAUAAUAAUAAUAAUAAUAAUAAUAAUAAUAAUUUAUUAUUUAUACCCCACCCAUCUGGCUGGGUUUCCCCAGCCACUCUGGGCGGCUUCCAACAGAACACUAAAAUACAAUAACCUAUUAAACAUUAAAAGCUUCCCUAAACAGGGCUGCCUUCAGAUGCCUUCUAAAAGUCAGAUACAGUGGUACCUUGGGUUAAGAACUUAAUUCGUUUUGGAGGUACGUUCUUAACCUGAAACCUGAAGUUUGGUAGUUAUUUUUCUCUUUGACAUCUGGUGGGAGGGCGUUCCACAGGGCGGGUGCCACUACCGCGAAGGCCCUCUGCCUGGUUCCCUGUAACUUGGCUUCUCGUAGCGAGGGAACCGCCAGAAGGCCCUCGGCGCUGGACCUCAGUGUCUGGGCAGAACGAUGGAGGUGGAGAUGCUACAGGAGGGGAAGUAAAAGAUCUUGCUUGCCCCUGGAGACACAGGCUAUGGGUGGCUGUGUGGUGGUUAGUAGGAAGACCCCCUUUCAGUCUACCAUCAAUUCCCCUCUUAACACUGAUUGGAGGAGGGUCCAUGCCUUGCCCUACAGUGGAGCACCAACUAGGCCUGGGUGAUGUAUCGAUACAUUGUCCAGGACUGGUUUGAGGGCCAGAGUACAAUCGCACCAUCACCCUACAGUAUAUCGUGGAUGGGGCUUACCUGUGCCUUACCUUCUCAGUCUGCUGCCUCCUUCCUCCCUGUGCCGGGCGUUGGCGGUGGAGGGAGCUGUGGUGGUUUCACCCCGGCACCUCGCGGGGCUGAUCUUCCUUUUCAGCACUGCAAUGCUGAGGUUUAGGUGGUGAUACGUUGCGAUGUCGAAAAGCCGACAUCGCCCAGCUCUAGCGCCAGUUGUAGGCGAGGCUCUCUUUGACGAGGCCCCUUCUCAGCUUCCCCUCCCCAGAAGGGCUCCUAUGUUCCCCUACCUCUGCCUACUUUGUAGCGUGGGCGGGGUGUUCGGAUUUGGGUCAGCAGAACCACCAGGGAGAAUCCUUCACCUUGUGUCCUCUUUUUACCUAGAAGUUCCGCAAUGGACAUGAAGUCCCCAGUAUCACCACAGCAGUCGGAGUGCAACCCGGUUGGCGCCCUGCAGGUAGGUCGCUCUCUUAGCUGUGACUUCCUUCAGCCCCAAGCGCUUACAGGAGGAGGGGUAUUGGUGAGUAAGCUUAGUCAGAAGUUGCUAGAUCCACACUUUGCCCUACAAGAGAAAGGGUACUUCCCAGCAGCACCUUGUCCUACCGAUCACCUGUUUCAUUCCCCACCCCGUUCUUCUAGUUGCUUGUUUGGUGGCGCUGUGGGUUAAACCACAGAGCCUAGGGCUUGCCGAUCAGAAGGUCGGCAGUUCGAAUCCCCGUGACGGGGUGAGCUCCCGUUGCUCGGUCUCUGCUCCUGCCAACCUAGCAGUUCGAAAGCACGUCAAAGUGCAAGUAGAUAAAUAGGUACUGCUCCGGCAGGAAGGUAAACAGCGUUUCCGUGCGCUGCUCUGGUUUGCCAGAAGCGGCUUAGUCAUGCUGGCCACAUGACCUGGAAGCUGUACGCCGGCUCCCUCAGCCAGUAAAGCGAGAUGAGCGCUGCAACCCCAGAGUCGUCCGUGACUGGACCUAAUGGUCAGGGGUCCCUUUACCUUUUUAAGGCUACCCUAAAGUCCUGGUUUUGGAAUGCAAGCUGGCAUCCCAAAGGGAAAAUUUGGUGUCACCAUCCAGCACUUUUUCAAAAGUCUCUUUGAGCAGCUUUUGAAGCCAUAUAAGUUAGGCAUGCUUGGAUGUGCACACAAAGCUUUUUUGCUCGUGGAAUUUAGGAUAGGAAGAACAUGUAUUUGCUGUAGCUCUGGAACAAAAUUGGGCACACCCACCUCCAAGUGGAUUCCAAACAGAGGUGACAAACAGGAUUUUGAGCAGAAGCCUUGACGCUGUAAGCAGAAUGCUGCUCCCAUUUGCUGCAUCAUUCAGAACUACUAAUAGUCUGUAGGUCUGUAUCCACUCACCUUUUGGCAAACCACUCUCAGAUCCCAAUAUGACUGUAUAGCAAGGCUUCAGUACCCUGUCUUGAUUUUCCUCCCAGUUACACUUUACAGCCCAAACCUACGUAUGUGCUUUCUCCGGAAAUAAGUACUGCCUAAUUUAAUUGGGCUUAUACCCAAACUGCAGCUUUAGAUGCUUCUACUGCAAUGGUAGUGUCCUGAGCUGCCAUUCCCUCUAGGAAUCCAGGCACAGAAAGGAAGAGGCGAGUGCUUUUCUAAAGCUGUCUCUCUCUCUCCAGGAGCUGGUGGUGCAGAAGGGCUGGCGGCUCCCCGAAUACACCGUCACUCAGGAGUCAGGGCCAGCGCACCGCAAGGAAUUCACCAUGACCUGCCGGGUUGAAAGGUUCAUUGAAAUAGGUAUGGCAUCCGCAGACUUGUGCCCCCAUCUGCUCAUGCUUUUAAACUGUUUGUGAUUUGCAGUGCCCUGUGCGUGAUUGGAAGUUUUCCCAUAAAGGCUCCUUAGAACUUAGGAGGCAAGGGCCAAUGCAUCUGACAAGAGGAAUGCAGGAAAUCAGAGGGAAAGCAUUGAGCUGCAGCCAGAGAGGACUUGGGAGACUAUGAUCUGGGCUGUAAGGACCAGGAGUGCACAACUGCAGUCCCCUAGGCCAAGUGUGGCAGCUCUGCAAGCACUCAAGUUAGGCUCCCCGUUUGGCAGCAAAGCUUCUGCGCCAAGGAAAGACAGAACCCCACACCAUUUGCAAGAGGACAAGCUGUGUCAGUUAUGUAAAAACAUGCUCUUUAACAGCUGCUGUUGUGCUUUCUGCGUCAGGCAGGCUGGAUGGGCUGCAAGGCAGGAUCAAUGCACCAGAGCUAAAAAAACAACAGUCAGGCUUGAUGGGGGAAGCCUGAGGGAAUCGGGAAGAGGUGUAGGCUCUUGCAGUCCCCUUGCACCCCAGGCUGCCCCCCACCCUUCUCUGCCCUCUCCUCUUUCAACAUAUCACAGCCCCCUUCCCGAUCACCUUUUCGCCAUUUCUUCUCUCUCUAGGCAGCGGCACCUCCAAAAAACUGGCCAAGCGCAACGCCGCAGCCAAGAUGCUGGUGCGGAUUCAUAACGUGCCUCUGGACCCGCGAGAGGGCAGUGAGGCUGAAAUGGAGGAAGAUCAGUUCUCUAUCGUGAGUCUGAGCGGUGGGGAGAGAAGCCAGAGUUGGGCAGCCGUACAUGAGCUUAUUAUGCAGCUUGCCGAUAGGGCCUGAAAGGCUUUUCAGAAACUGGGAACUUGCUCCAAAGAGGGGAGCAGCCUCUUCGGCAAAUUAAGCAAGAAGUAGCGAUGGCCACUAACUUGGAUGGCUUUGUAAGAAAAUUAGAUAAAUUCAUGGAGGAUAAGGCUCCAUCAGUGGCUGCUCGAUGUGAUGGUCUCCACCAAAUCCCUUGGAAGUCCCACCUUGGGAACCCCAAAAACAUCUUGAGGGCCACAGUUCCCCCAUCCCUGGGUUAGGAUGAAGCUGUGGCCACGAGAGUUGCUUGAGGAGACUUGCAGAGGUUGUGGCCUCUCGCUUCUUGGUCAGCACCACCUGGGAAGGCAGGGAGGGAGCUGUGCCUUGCUGAGAAUGAUGGAAGGUGUGCAGCCAGAAGAGACAUCCAACCUGUGUUUGAUCUUUCUCUCUUCCACUCUUCAGAUUGCAGGAACCAAGGUGGAUGGAGUAAAGGGUCGGGGGUCUGGCUGCACCUGGGACUCUCUGCGCAACUCAGUGGGGGAGAAGAUCCUGCACCUCAAAAGCCAUCCCCUGGGAGUGCUGAAUGCUGGGUUCUGCAGCCUCUUGCAGGAGCUGUCUGAAGAACAGAGCUUUGAUAUUAGCUACCUUGACAUCGGUAAAUAAUGAGGCACAGGGGAGGGGGAGGAAUUGCUUUUCUUGAGAGAACGGCCAGACCCUAACUUUUCCGAAAGGCGCCCUGCGUAUGUGUGCAUCCUUAUUGAUUUGAAUGUGCGAAAAUUUAUAUUUUCCGCUUGCAAGUUGAGCAGUCAAGUGACCCCCCAAAAAACACCCAGAAGUACCCCAACAAGUGGAAAGCUACCCACAUGACCACUCACGAAACGCUCAAGAAAAUAACCUGGGAGGAGCUUGGAUUCUAUCUCAGUAAUCCACUGCAGGGCAAGCAAAGGCUUUGGUCAGGGCGCAAGCUAGACUUGGGGACAGAACUUUGGCAUUCAUCAGUUUACCAGGUGUGGUGAAGCCCACAGCCUAUGGACCACAUAAGCCCACAUUGCAAGGUAUUUUGUGGCUUCCAGGGACUCUCCACCCCCAUUUCUUAUUUUCUAAAAUAACUAAAAAUAAGAUGUUAUUGUGCCUCUGCCCUUUUGUCUUCCUCAUGGUUAUGUGCUGAGAACCCUGCCAAGUCCCUCUCCCCACAUGAAAGGGAACUGACAGAUGACUUACAUUAAUAUCUGCUGUAGCAUCAUUACUUGCCCAGCACUGGGUCAUGGGGGCCUGACUCCAGCCAUAUAAGGCCAGUUGCCCUGUGGGAAUGAAAAGGGAAGUGAGCUGCGACAUCCCAAUUUAUGCCAGCCUGUGAAUCAACAGUUCCUUAUGCCUCCAUACACCCGCUAUCCCCAGACUUGAGCAUUAGGAAAUGUGCACAUUUUGCUUUCCUCUUGCUGUGCUGUGCUUUAAUCCGCAGAUGCCGAAUUUGAAUUAAAUUGAAUUCUUCCAUUUGAAGAACCAACCUGUUUUAAUCUUCAUAGAAUUGCAGAGUUGGAAGGGACCCUAAGGGUCAUCUAGUCCAGCCCCCUGCAGUGCAGGAAACACGACUAAAGCAUCCCUGACAGUUGGCCUUCCAAGCUCUGCUUAAAAGCCUCCAAGGAAGGAGAGUCCACAACCUCCCGAGGGAGACCGUUCCACCUUCAAAUAGCUCUUACUGUCAGAAUUUUUUUCCUGAUGUUUAGUUGGAAUCUCCUUUCUUGUACCUUGAAUCCACUGGUUUGAGUCCUACCUCAAGAGCAGGAGAAAACAAGCUUGCUCCAUCUUCCAUGUGACAGCCCUUAAGAUGUUUGAAGAUGGCAGUCAGAUUUCCUCUCAGUCUUUCAGGCUAAACAUAUCCAGCUCCUUCAACUGUUCCUCAUAUGGCUUGGUUUCCAGGCCCUUGGCCAUCUUGGCUGCCUUCCUCUGCUCACGUUCCAGCUUAUCAGUAUUCUUCUUAAAUCGUGGAACCCAGAAUUGGACAUAGUAUUCCAGCUGUGUUCUGACCAAGGCAGAAUACAGUAGGACUGACGUCCCUUGAUCUGGACGCUAUAUUUCUGUAGAUGUAGCCAGGAAUAGCAUUAGCUUUUUUUGCUGCUGCAUCACACUGUUGACUCAUGUUAAGCUGGUGGUCCACCAAGACCCCUAGAUCCUUUUCACAUGUAGAAAGUUAGUAAAGAUAAAGGGACCCCUGACCAUUAGGUCCAGUCGUGACCGACUCUGGGGUUGCGGUGCUCAACUCGCUUUAUUGGCCGAGGGAGCCGGCAUACAGCUUCCGGGUCAUGUGGCCAGCAUGACUAAGCCGCUUCUGGCAAAACCAGAGCAGCGCAUGGAAACGCCAUUUAUCUUCCCGCCAGAGCGGUACCUAUUUAUCUACUUGCACUUGGACAUGCUUUUGAACUGUUAGGUUGGCAGGAGCAGGGACCGAGCAACGGGAGCUCACCCUGUUGCGGGGAUUUGAACCGCCAACCUUCUGAUUGGCAAGUCCUAGGCUCUGUGGUUUAACCCACAGUGCCACCUGCGUCCCUUAAAGUUAGUAUCCACCUUGAACUUUCCAGACAGAGAAGGCUGUACGCAAAGAUGUUGUUUUGCUGGCCUGGAUGAUGCGGUACCUUUUCUCUUCCUACAGAUGAGAUGAGUUUAAGCGGCCUGUACCAGUGCCUGGUGGAGCUCUCAACACAGCCAACCACAGUGUGCCACGGCUCAGCCAUGUCCCGCCAUGCCGCGCGUGCAGAUGCUGCCCGCAAUGCCCUUCAGUACCUGAAGAUCAUGGCAGGGGGCAAGUGAGGCCACACGGAAGACUCUGGGCACCCGCGAUUCCUCAAAACAGCUUGUCUCCAUCUUCCAGCCUGCUAAAGGAUGUACCCUUAUUUUUGCCCAUCGUUUAUGGGCAGGGGCACCGACCUCCCUGAUGUUCUGUGGAGGGUGGAGAGGGGGCUGUGCUUCAAAACUGAAUUCAAGACUCGGAGAGGGGUUUGCUGUACUUGCAGCAGAGACUAGGCUCGCAGAGACUUGUAGCUCUGAGCGCUAAGUGCUGGGGGGCGGGCUGCUGGGAGGUCAGGGUAGUCCCACCUCUGUGUCACCUGAUGCCAGUCACCUUGUUUUUUUCCUCGUUGUGGAGGGACAAACACUGACCAUUUCUGCCAUAACUGGGAGUUGCAAUAAACCAGAUUUUUUUUUAAUAAGAAA